AUGGGCAAUUCGGAAUCAAAUAAAAAAAAUGAUCCAAAUGGAUUGAAUGGACAGGAAAUAUCUGCUUAGUUGGAUCCUGAGUUGAGUCAAAGUUUAAAAGAUCUUGAUUCUUCAUUCUAAAUAUUAAUUGAAUCAACCAAUUAAAUUGGCACAAAGCUUAAUUCCAUUUUAGAAGGAAUGCAUGAAAAAGCAAGCAAAUUUCAAGAUAAAACCUGA